GGGGGCGACACUGGCGAGAAAUUUGUAAGCCUAAAUAUAAUGGAGUGCAGACUGUGCUGGAGCAUUCCGUCUUAUGCGCGCUUGCGGGUAGUAAUGUCGUAAUUUUCGCGGAGAAAUGCCGUGAACAAACGAAAGCCAUGGACAGCGACGAAGACGGUGAGCCAGAUAUGGUCUUGACUGGAUUUUUGUUUGGAAACAUCGAUGAGCACGGUCGACUCGAAAAUGACUUUCUUGAUCCGGAAUCAAAACGAAACCUUCACCAGCUCAACCAUCUGGGCAUCGGUAGUAUGUGGAAAGAGAUCACUGAGGAUGCGGAGGCUGACAGUUCUCAAGAUGGACAUGACGCCAACGACGAUGAGAACGAGGGAUCGACGCAUAGUGAUGAAGAAUAUUCAAAGAAAUUGCCCUCAUCGGUAGACUACUUUGAUUUUGAAGAACUCGCAGAUGAUGACGGUGAUGAAAAGAAAGAGUCACAGCCUGUUUCUGAUGCACCAGCACCAAGCCCUGAUCUGGCUGAAGAAAGUGACACUUUCGAGGGUGCAUUCCACCGAAUGCUGUAUGCUUGUCAUAGUCAAGAGUCUAGCAAUGAGAGCGAGGCAAAAACGGAGGGAGAAACCACUAAGGAAGAGUCCCAAGACGCGGAGUUGAUGCCACCGCCACCAGCUCCGGCACCUUUGCCAGGCUCUCAGCUAGCUGAGAAAAGUAGCAAGGGAACUGAGGACGCCAAGGAACUGGCUGAGGAUGAUGAGGCAUCGGCAGCACGAAAACGUAACCUCGACACCCCACUGGCAGCCAUGUUGCCAUCCAAGUAUGCCGACUUGGAUGUCACUGAGCUCUUCCCAGAGUUUCGGCCUGGCCAGGUGCUGCGUUUCUCACGGCUGUUCGGCCCAGGCAAGCCAUCAAGCUUGCCACAGAUCUGGCGGGGAGUUCGUAAAAGAAAGAAGAAGAAGCAAGGUCCAUUUGCUGACAUAGGUGGAGCAUCGCAGGAUGCAGGAGGCGGCCGUGCAGAGGAGUUCGAGUGGUACUUAGAUGUAGCCUCGCCUCCACCUCCGGAUAUGUGUGCGCCAGAUGACGAGCUGCGAUUGCUGCGGCCUGAGGAAGAGCAGUUAUCAGGCAACAAGAACGAAGCAUCACGAUCGUCUGAUGUGUGUCCGCAAGUAGCAGACUGGAGAUAUGGACCGGCCCAGUUGUGGUAUGACAUGUAUGGGAUCCCAGAGACUGGAGACACAUUUGAUUAUGGCUUCAAAUGCAUAGAAGAGUGUGACGACAGGGACCAGUAUCCACAUACAAUGCAGCUGAAGGAAGUGCAAGACUUUCCUGACGAUGCCUACCUCAUGGUCUCACAGCUUCAGUGGGAGGACGAUGUCAUCUGGAAUGGAGAAGAUAUCAAACACAAGGUUUUGGCCAAGCUGAACAAUAAGAACAAUGCAGCAGGCUGGGUUCCUUCAAUCCUCAAUCGAACAGCAUCAGCAUUUAGUCAGCAAGCCAAAAGUGUCUCUGGAGCGGCCCUAUUGGGUGCCUCUCAGAAGGGCAUGUCUCAAGGUAUGCUAGCCAAGGCAGGGGCGAAGUCUGGACUGCAGAAGUCGGAACCAGGCGAUGACAGAGACGACACGUGGUACUCCAUCUUUCCUGUCGAAAACGAAGAACUCGUUUAUGGCUGUUGGGAAGACGAAGUCAUCUGGGAUGCACAGGCCAUGGUGAAGAAGCCGGAGCCACAGAUUCUGACCUUAGAUCCUAAUGAUGAGAACAUCAUCUUGGGUGUGCCUGAUGAUCCAGACCCGAAUUCUCUUGCAAAUGCUGAACCAGUGAAAGAGAAAAAGGCUCUGGGCUCUAACUCUGUCUCCGUGACGUCAGGUGUGACUGCCCUAUCAACUCCUUGUGCACUUCACCCGGCACGCUCUGGGGGUCUUGGCCCCUCCUGUGGUCGCAUGCCUGUUCCCCUGCAGGCACCGAAAGCUUGUGGCACGGCUUCUGCUUUUGUGCCCAUCGGCCGCUCUUAUGUCACGGCCGACCUGUUCAAUUCCAUUCGCAAGGACAUGGUGCGCAAGUCACGGAUCCUCCUGGGAAAAGCGGGUGUCAUCGCUGAGCCUGAACCUCCCAGCCCGCCUCCUGUGCAAACGAUGGAGAAAGACCCAUACAACAUAUCCAACGAUGAGUUCUACAACCCCAAGCUGACACAGGACUCUGCCCUGAAGCCAAACGUGGGCGGCAACCUGAUUCAGCACUCAAUUCCAGCCAUCGAGCUGCGUGCUCCCUUCUUCCCCACCCACAUGGGGCCACUCAAGCUACGGUCAUUCCACCGACCAACACUGAAGCGCUAUUCACAUGGUGCCUUGGCACAGCCUGGACCACAUGGCGUCAUACCAUUACUCAAGCACAUCAAGAAGAAAGCCAAGAUGCGAGAACAAGAGCGGCAAGCUUCUGGUGGUGGUGAAAUGUUCUUCAUGCGGACUGCUGAAGACUUGACAGGUCGGGAUGGGGAGGUGAUCCUGUCAGAGUACUCCGAAGAGCAUCCUCCACUAGUCAUGCAAGUGGGCAUGGCCACCAAGAUUAAGAACUACUACAAGAGGCGGCCAGGCAAGGAUAGCGGGGCACCUGAGUACAAGUAUGGUGAGACGGCCUACGCACACACCUCACCCUUCCUGGGCUCCCUGGCACCUGGCCAGAGCUUGCAGGCCUUUGAGAACAACCUUUUCCGAGCACCUAUAUAUGAACACAACCUGCCAGACACAGACUUCCUUGUCAUACGUACCAGGCAGCAUUACUACAUCAGAGAAGUUGAGACGAUCUACACAGUUGGCCAGGAGCUACCACUUUUUGAAGUGCCAGGUCCAAACUCUAAGCGGGCAAACAACUUUGUCCGAGACUUCCUGCAGGUAUUCAUCUAUAGGUUAUUCUGGAAAAGCACUGACAAUCCAAGGCGCAUAAAAAUGGAAGAUAUAAAGAAGGCCUUCCCUUCUCACUCAGAAAGCAGCAUACGUAAGCGGCUCAAGUUGUGCGCAGACUUCAAGAGAACAGGUUCGUCUCGGCCAAGGCAAUCAUGGUGUGAAUGGUCACUGAGCACUGCGCUAAGAAUGGACUCCAACUGGUGGGUUCUCAAGCCGGAGUUCCGGCUUCCCACUGAGGAUGAAAUUCGGGCUAUGGUUUCUCCAGAGCAAUGCUGUGCCUACUACAGCAUGAUCUCUGCUGAGCAGAGGCUCAAGGAUGCUGGUUAUGGGGAGAAGUCUCUGUUCGCACCUGAAGAUGAAAACGACGAGGAAAUGCAAGUGAAAAUGGACGACGAGGUGAAAGCAGCUCCUUGGAACACGACGCGGGCCUUCAUCUCUUCCGUCAAAGGAAAGUGCCUGCUGCAGUUGACCGGUGUAGCUGACCCUACAAGCUGCGGAGAGGGCUUCUCCUACGUGCGCGUGCCAAACAAACCCCAGCAGUCAAAGGAGGAUGGGGCAAAUCAGCAGCCAGUGAAGAAGACUGUGACGGGUACUGACGCAGAUCUCCGGCGUUUGUCGCUCAGCAAUGCCAAGCAGUUGCUGAGAAAGUUUGGUGUGCCUGAAGAUGAGAUCAAGAAGCUAUCCCGAUGGGAGGUUAUUGACGUUGUGCGGACACUGUCUACGGAACAGGCAAAGGCUGGAGAGGAAGCCAUGAGUAAGUUUGCACGGGGUAACCGGUUCAGCAUAGCGGAGCACCAGGAACGCUACAAAGAGGAGUGCCAGCGCAUCUUCGACCUGCAGAACAGAGUCCUCUCUUCCAACGAGGUGCUGUCCACAGAUGAGGAUUCCAGCUCAGAGGACGACUCAGACAUAGAGGAGAUGGGAAAGAACAUUGAGAACAUGCUUUCAAACAAAAAGACAAGCUCCCAGCUGUCACACGAAAGGGAGGAGGCAGAAAGGCGAGAGUUGCAGAAGUUGAUCAUGGGAGAGGAUUCUUGUGCUGGCGACGACAAGAAGAAAAAGGACAAAGAUGGCAAGCAAAAGUCAGAAAAGGAUGAUGACAAUGCCUCUAUGGCAAGCUUGCGAUCGAAUGAGAAUGGACGAAUCUUGAAGAUCUUUCGUACUUUCCGAAAUUCCAAAGGACGGGAAUAUGUCCGCAUUGAGACUGUGCGAAAGCCAGCUGUCAUUGACACGUACGUCAGAAUACGUACGACCAAGGAUCCAAACUUCAUACGCCAAUUUGCAUCGACUCUAGAUGAACACCAGAAGGAGGAGAUUAGGAAGGAGCGAAGAAGAAUUCAAGAGCAACUGCGGCGACUCAAGCGGAACGCUGAGAAAGAGAAACAUAUCCCUAUGAGAAAAAAACCGAAGAAGGAGCAACCACAAUUAAAGGAUCGUACGGCUUUACAGAAGGGAGUGGUUACACAAAAGAACAUCAACGUAAAACAAUAUAAACUAAAGUGCGGGGCAUGUGGGGCUAUUGGACACAUGCGCACCAACAAGGCUUGCCCCCAGUACCAGCCCAUGGCCCCAUUGCCUCCUGUGCAAGUGGCCAUGACAGAAGAACAGGAGGAAGAAGAGGAGGGCUGUGGACUGCAGGAUGACAACCUUGUCAAGGUGGAUGAGACACGUGUGGUGCUGUCCAAGCAACUUAUCAAGCACGCAGAUGAGAUCCGGCGCAAAUCUCUGGUGCUCAAGUUCCCCAAGGAGGCCAUGGCCCUCAAGAAACGACGCCGUGCAGGCACGGUCCUGCACUGCGACUACCUGCGCAAGCCGAACAAGUCAGCCAACCGUCGACGUACUGACCCGGUGGUCACCCUCUCCAUCCUCCUGGAGACCAUACUGAACGAGAUGCGGGACUUACCUGAUACGCAGCCGUUCUGGCAUCCUGUCAGUGCAAAGGUGGUGCCAGACUACCACAAGAUCGUCACUGUGCCGAUGGACCUGCAACGGAUACGGGAGAAGGUGCACGAGAAGCGCUACCAGAGCCGAGAAGAAUUCCUUGUUGACGUCAAUCAGAUUGUUGAGAACAGCACGCUCUACAAUGGCCCCAAGAGCCCGUUGACACAGGCAGCGCAGAGCAUGCUAGAGCUGUGCAUCAAGCGCUUUGCUGAGAAGGAGGACAAACUGAUGCGCCUGGAGAAAGCCAUCAACCCGCUACUGGACGACGAUGACCAGGUGGCCCUGUCCUACAUCCUGGAAGGCAUCGUAACUGACCACCUCAAGAGCAUUCCUGAGUCGUGGCCCUUUCACAAGCCUGUCAACAAGAAGUUUGUAAAGGACUACUACACGGUCAUCAAGAGCCCCAUGGAUCUGGACACGAUCAUCAAGAACAUCAAGGCCCACAAGUACCACAGCCGAGAAGAGUUCUUUACCGAUGUUGAACUGCUGUACCGAAACAGCAUGCAGUUCAAUGGCGCUGACAGCCAGUUCACCCAGAAGGCUAAAGAAAUUGUUGAUGCCUGCCGUACGGCACUUGACGAGCAUGACAGCCAGCUGAGCCAGCUUGAGCAGGCCAUCAAGGUGGCUCAGGAAGCAGCUCUGGAGGCAGCUGACACUGACUCGGUGGCCACAGGAAACUCCUACCCUGCGGAAGACAGUACGUUUGCUGAAAGUGACAUGGCACGGGACGACCUGGAUUCUCAAGCUUACACCAGUCUUGCCAGGCUGUCAUCACGGAAGCGCAGUGACAGUGGAGCCCCAGAGGACUGUGAAUUUGUAGAUGUGGAAGGAGACGAAGAGGGUGACACUUCACUGCUUGAAGGAAGGUGUCCGUCUUCCACAACUGGGCCAGACAAGAGCGUGUUGGACCAGGACCUGCAGAUCACUCCCGAAAACAGCGAGCCUGAGGAAGAGGACAUGACAGGGGACUCCGAUGAUGAGCACCCCCAUGUGCUCAUGACCCGGGCCUCUAUGGUGCAGGAGCCAGAGGUGAUGGAAGACACCGAGAUGAUAGAUGAGAACUAUGACCCAUCCGAGUUCCUGCUUCAAGGCAAAUACCACUUCCAGCCAAUGGAAGAUGAUGCACCGCAAGCCAUGGAAGCAGGAGGAGAGGAUGACCAAAUGGAUGGCAGUACCACUGCACGAAGCAUGGAGACCGGUGAACCGUCUGCAGCCCAGGACAAUGUCAUCAGCACAGAUCUGGCCGUUUCAGAAUCUGAAGAGGAAGGGGAAGAUAGGGGGGAUCUGCUGAACCUUGAAGAUGCACCAGAGAAAGAUGAAGAGGACUUGUGGUUCUGAUCAUAUUGUACAUAAAAAUAAACACAUCAUUUUUUAUCUGCUCAUCAUAAAA